AUGAGCACGCCACCUAGUAGCGACCGCAUCUCUUCUUCGCCUCCUAGCCCUGUGGCUCUCACACUCCGCCGUCGAGAACGAGACGAGAGACGACGCCGGGAAGAGCAGUAUUCGCACGGCCGGCCUCUUCCCUCGCAGAAGCUAUGCGGCAAUGAAGAGUGCGUGUUGCGCUGCUGCAACGUAUUCAAGACGAGCCGCUUCUACCUGCCCGACUACCUCCUGGGUGACAAGGAACGAAGCGUGGACGAUAUUUUAGUAAAGGACAUCCAGACGCAUUUUGCGUACCUCGCAGCUACACGGAUAUGGCCCUCCAUCGAAAAGCAGAGCGAUGUGUUACUCAAAGCACAGUCGAUUGAGGCCUUUGCUACCUCGCCACCCGUGAGAGCAGCGUAUCUCGACUUUCGAUAUCUCUGCCAAAAGAACGACCUCAACUUUUCCAUAGAGUCCCGCUUACGAGAAACGCUCUCCGUGACGAUGCCUCGGUUCCGCAGCCUCAUCGAGACGUUGGACACGGCAAGAUUAGACGACGACUACACCGAGCUGGUCGUCCAUCGUACGCUGCAGCCUCCUCACCAGGCUGACAAGGCAGUACAAACAGACAGGCCGCUGCCAUGGACGCAGGAAGGGUGCGUGAUGCGUUUCUUGCUGACGAUUGAGCUCUGGCGAUGCCACGACGAGAGAUACAUGCGACAACGCGGCUGGGCGUGGAAGCCGUGGAUCGUGGCCGAGUUGCUUUCGGCGGUUCUUCUGCAUUAUUGGCUGCUGGACAGGGAGAAGUGCUUCGAGAGGGUGCCUUGCCGAGGUAGUGAGCAGUGUGACGAGGUCUGGCAGGAUUGGCUGGACAAGUAUCCGCUGCUGCUGGGCGACUCGAGUCAUGACGAUGAUGAAGAUGAGCCGGAUCAAGGCGAUAGCAAGAAGAGCCCGGAUCUGGUGCCCAAACCAAUUGGCCUCAUUAAAGGUCUGGAUCUGGAAAAGGACGUUGGAUAUGUUGGCGGCGUCGGGACGGCAGCUAGAGGGCCGUUAUGGAGGGACAUGAGGCAGAAGCACGGAGAUGACGGGCUGCCACAGCAUUGA